CCACCAUUCAGAGCUACAAAACAACAAUCCACCUGUAGGGAAGUCUGAAGCUGUGAAGGCCAAACGGUGAAAUCAUGCUGAAGGUUGCAUUUAUUCUUGGAUGCCUCCUGAGCCUCACUGUGGUUCAAUCUGCGGAGCCUCAGCGAUUAGGCCGCUCUGACUCCAACUCUGGUUCCAACUCCCAUGAGGCUCGUUUGGGAAAUGCAGCAGCAGCGAGGCAGAAGUUCCUUCUGCAACUCAUCCAGCUCAUUCAAAGGUUAAAAUUAACUACAACUACAGCAACAACUACAACCCCAGCUGCCACAACUACAACCCCAGCUGCCACAACUACAACCCCAGCUGCCACAACUACAACCCCAGCUGCCACAACUACAACCCCAGCUGCCACAACUACAACCCCAGCUGCCACAACUACAACAGCUGCCACAACUACAACAGCUGCCACAACUACAACAGCUGCAACAACUACAACAACUACAACAGCUGCGACGACUACCACUGCAGCUGCAACUACAACCUCAACUGCAACCAUUGUCACCACCCCUGGAGCUGGGGGAAAGUAAACAAAUGGAUAAUUGCAUACAAAACCAAAUAAUAAUAAAUAUAUAUUGAAACCUACCUAAAAUCUAAAAUGUAUUCACCAAACGAGAGCAAAAUCAGUUCUGAAUAAAUGUUCAACGACAAAACUUGUGUUUGUUUUUCUGCAGGCGCACUGCCCAUAAAAUGCUUUUGCAUCGAGUUUCAGGUAUGACGUUUUUCAAGGCAAGGCAAGACAGCUUUAUU